UUGUGGUGUGCUUGGAUGGGUUGGUGUUUGCUCUCCACUCCGAAGCAGAUAGCCGCCACCAGUGUUUCCGUCUUCGCCGCUGGAGCCCACCUCUCGUGCGCCAACGUUGACACCAGCUCGCCCGCGACGAGUUCGUCGUGGACUACCUCCGCAAGAAGCACGGCUACGGCAAGUAGGUCAUCCCCCUCUUCCCAGAUGGCUUUGGUCCCGUCCUCCGCCGUCGGAUCCCCUCUGAUCGCGGAGGUCGACAUGGGAGGCUCCGAUCCCUCCUCCACCGUCCGCGCCACCGUCGUGCAGGCCUCCACCGUCUUCUACGACACCCCCGCCACCCUUGAUAAGGCAGAGAGGCUGGUUGCAGAAGCUGCUUCUUAUGGGUCACAGUUAGUUGUUUUCCCUGAAGCAUUCAUUGGCGGAUAUCCUCGUGGUUCUACAUAUGGUGUCACUAUAGGUAGCCGUUCAGCCAAGGGACAGGAGGAAUUUCGGAAGUAUCAUGCUGCUGCAAUUGAUGUGCCUGGCCCUGAGGUUGAUCGCUUGGCAGCAUUGGCCGGGAAGUAUAAGAUCUUUCUGGUCAUGGGUGUCAUUGAGAGGGCUGGAUAUACACUUUAUUGUACGGUCCUUUUCUUUGAUCCUCAGGGUCAAUACCUCGGAAAACACCGCAAACUCAUGCCUACAGCACUAGAACGUAUAAUAUGGGGCUUUGGAGAUGGAUCAACUAUUCCAGUUUUUGAAACACCUAUGGGAAAGAUAGGUGCACUUAUAUGCUGGGAAAAUAGAAUGCCACUUCUGAGAACGGCAUUGUAUGGUAAAGGCGUUGAAAUAUAUUGUGCUCCCACAGCAGAUGCCAGGGAUGUUUGGCAAGCUUCCAUGGUGCAUAUUGCUCUUGAGGGUGGCUGCUUUGUGCUGUCCGCAAACCAGUUUUGCAGGAGAAAGGACUAUCCUCCACCACCUGACUAUGUCUUUGCAGGUGCAGAGGAAGAACCAUCGAUGGAUUCUGUUGUGUGUGCUGGAGGAAGCGUCAUCGUUUCACCAUCAGGCGCAGUCUUGGCUGGUCCCAACUACGAAGGAGAGGCCCUCAUCUCAGCGGAUCUAGAUCUUGGAGAAAUCGUGCGAGCCAAGUUUGUUUUCGAUGUGGUUGGACACUACUCGAGGCCUGAGGUGCUGAGCCUGACUGUGAAAGAAGAUCCACAGAACCCCGUCUCCUUCACAUCUGCUGAGAAGACUGAAAGCACACAGAAAUGACACCACUUAUGUUUUCUGUAAUCUGCAGACCACCACUGUAAGUGGUUGCAAUCUUUAUCCUUUCAGAUUGUGUGUUUUAUAGUGGCAACCGAUUCAUAUCGUCUUUUGUGCAGAAGACUAUUAGCUCUGAACGUUCUGUUGACCCAAUGUUGUGUACAUUUAAACAUGAUCAAAAUUUGAAGCAGACUUUUCUUGUGUCUGCCGAUUGAUGUUUUA